AUGCCGUCAACAGAGAUACAACACUCCGCCGAAAGCGUCGUUGCCGAAAGUAUAGAACAAUCUCCAUCAACAACGCCUGUCUAUUCUUCGAGUGCCCAUUUAAACCCGGAAGACGCGAAGCAAGAACAUCCACAUGAGGGAAUCCAGCCGUGUCCACCAACGAUUCUGGAAGAUGAGUCUAGUAAAACCCGGGAUCCAGAGAAAUCAGGCGCGACUACCCAGGCUGCGCCAGCUAAAGCCCCAGAUGCACCCCCGGAUGGUGGCCUCAAGGCAUGGAUGGUAGUGCUCGGUGCCUUCUGUGGGUUGUUUGUCAGUUUUGGGUGGAUCAAUUGUAUUGGUGUCUUCUUAGACUACUAUAAAACCCAUCAGCUACAGGAUUUGCCAACCAGCACAGUAACGUGGAUCACUUCAUUGGAGAUCUUCAUGAUGUUUUUCGGGGGUCCCAUCGUAGGAGUAUUCUUUGACAAUUUCGGGCCCCGCUGGAUUCUGAUAGCUGGCACAUUCUUCCACGUCUUCGGGCUGAUGAUGGUAUCCAUAUCAAAGGAAUAUUACCAAUUCAUUCUCGCGCAAGGUGUCUGCAGCCCUAUCGGGACAAGUGCCAUCUUCCACGGCUGUCUCACCUCCGUGAGCACCUGGUUUCGGCGGCGUCGUGCCCUGGCCCUAGGUGUCACAACUUGCGGCUCAAGCGUCGGAGGAGUAAUCUUUCCUAUCAUGGUAGCUCGACUCAUCCCCAUAGUAGGAUUUGGCUGGACAAUGAGGAUCUGCGGAUUCCUCGGUCUAGGGCUCUUGAUUAUUGCCAACCUCACGGUGCAAUCGAGACUACAACAUCACCGGAAACCAUUUCGACCAUUGGAUUUUGUUCGUCCACUCCGUGAAUUGCCUUUCGUACUUACCACGGCCGGGACCUUCUUUGUAUACUGGGGCUUGUUUUUGCCGUUCGCUUUCAUCCCAACUCAAGCCGAGCGGUACGGCAUGUCGGCCUAUAUGGCGUCAUACUUAAUCCCGAUUCUUAACGCAGCCAGUAUUCUCGGCCGUCUCGUACCACCCUAUUUGGCCGAUCUUUUCGGCAGGUUCAACCUAAUGAUGUUAACAUCCCUGUUCUCAGUCAUUAUCGUUCUUGCGCUGUGGCUUCCAUCACGAAGCAAUGCCCCUGCCAUCGUGUUCACGUCUCUUUACGGUUUCAGCUCCGGUGCUGCCGUCUCCCUUGCGCCAGCGCUGGUCGCUCAGAUCUCGGACCUGCGUGAGAUUGGAGUUCGUAGUGGAACGUAUUUCUGCAUUGUAUCUUUUGCUGCUUUGACCGGUAUGCCGAUUGCCGGUGCUCUGUUACCUGACCCCUUACAUGGGUCGUACUUGAAGCUGGAGAUUUUCUGUGGUGUGGUUAUGUUCGGUGGAGUUGUGUUUUAUCUCUUAGCUAGGGGAAGGAUUAGCGGUUGGGGACUUAUGCAUAAAGUCUAA